GCAACUGAGCGAUGCGCCUCUCGGAGAGCCUGAUUUUACGCCAGAUUUGACAUUUACGCCGCAGAGUAUCCUGCAUUCGUAUAUUUGAGUGACACACAAUUUAAAAAAAAAUCCCUAUUCAUUUAAAUUUUUUUUACAUAAUAGUCAUUUUGAAGAAAAAAUAUUCCCAGGACAAGGUUUUCCAAUACAUAUGUGAAAACUGACCACUAGCAAUAGAUAUUUUACCUUCCGAACGAUCCCCCGAGGGGAGGAUUUGCUUUUCAACAACGCAGAUUUCUUUGAUUUUGAGAGCAGCCAGUGAAAACCGACAACUUUGAUGAAGAUGAUACAGGACACGUCGGACAAACUCGCUUGAUUUUGAUGAAUUUCUGAGCUCACAGUACGACCAUUGAAGAAGCAUCUUCAGGCAAACUACAGGGAGAAGAUCUGCCUCACUAACAGGCUGUUAUAAGGUGGGCAACAAUAAUCGGCGGCCAUGUUGUCUGUGGAUGAGCCACUGGACUUGAAGCUUCCCUCAGGUCGCACAGACGGUCCAGGGAUACUGGGAAAGAGGAGCUGCCCGUCCUCUAUUUGUGCCCACAUCAGCAUCAAACGACUGCGGCUACAGUGCACAACUUUUCCAUCGCCUCCUUCUUCUCCAGAUUCCCUGUCUUCCUCUCAAGAACGACCUGGGUCCUGCUUCACCCCUCCAGCCAUGGACCUCAGCCUGUCCCCCUCCUUGCGCCAUGCCUCUUCUCUCUCCCCAUCCCCUUCCUCGCCAUCCUCCCUCUCUCCAUCCUCUCCCAUGGAGUCCCCUCAGAGCAGCAGCAGCCCUCAGCCACACCUCUUCUCUCGGGAAUCACCUUUUCACCGAGGUGUGGAACCUGGUGCUUCACCACAGGGCUAUCCAUUUUAUGUCCCAGUUAGAAGUCCACCAAGAAGCUACAGCUUUCCCUCUUCCAUGUUCAUCAGUCAGACUAGAGAGAAGCCGGUUUCUCCGGAACCCUCCAUGGAUGCUCAGUUGGCCUGUCGUUGGAUGAAGUGCCACCUGCUGUUCGAUUCACUGCAGGACCUGGUGGAUCACAUCAACGACUUCCAUGUCAAGCCCGAAAAGGAUUCUGGAUACUGCUGCCAAUGGGAAGGCUGUGCUCGAAAUGGGAGGGGCUUCAAUGCAAGGUAUAAAAUGCUGAUUCAUAUCCGCACACACACCAAUGAGAAGCCACACCAUUGUCCCACCUGUAACAAGAGCUUCUCACGUCUGGAGAACCUGAAGAUACACACUCGCUCGCACACAGGGGAAAAGCCUUACAUCUGCCCCUAUGAAGGCUGCAGCAAGCGCUACUCCAACUCUAGUGACCGCUUCAAGCACACUCGCACCCACUAUGUGGACAAGCCUUACUACUGCAAGAUGGCAGGCUGCCUGAAGCGCUACACAGACCCCAGCUCCCUACGCAAGCACAUCAAGGCUCAUGGGCACUUUGUUGCCCAAGAGCCGGGGAGUUCAAGUAGGUCAGGGACAGGGCUGGGCCUUCCUACCCACCAGAGUGCCACUGAACAGCCCUCUGUAGGCGGGACUCCUGUCAUCAUCCCUGGGGCUGCUGCAGCCCUUCUUGGGGGCCUUGGGACGUCCUUGCCACUCUCUGCUUUCUGCCAUGCCAGAGCUCUAGGCCACCACCGGGCACCGCUCUUUUCCAUGGGUGGAGGAGGAAGCAUGGGAUCGCUCAGCCUUUCAGACUCCCCACUGUUGCGCUUUGGACUUUCAGCUGCGUCUAUGUUUGGGUUGGGGGCUUUGGGAGGUCUGGGGCAGGUGGUAAGAAGGGAGCCAGAGGACGGGGAGGAAUCAGAGGAAGGAGAGGACGGGGAAGUGCUGAACCUCUCUGCAGGGGUUGGGGUGAGACAAAGUGACGCUUUGUCUUGGGUGGUGGUUCCAUCAAGGGCGCUACUCCUCAAACCAGCUGUUGUUAGUUAAGAUGAACUGUCAGCAACUCAGAGAACCAGAGAGUUUGACUUUGUGUUUUUCCAGCCUGCCAUCAUCAUUAUCACCGUGUCUCAUACUAACAUUCUAUCAGAAAUCACUGGUAAUGUAAGUGUAAUAGUUUAAAAAAGUACAUAACAUGUGAGACUCGCUCUGGAUACCUUGGUGCCACAUUAAGAUACACUGAAAUGUCUUUAUGUUGGCAUAUCAUGGAAAAUCCAGAUAAUUCUAUCUACAGUCCCUCAGUGUAUGCCUGCAUCACUUCCUUUUGUUGAUAUAUUGUUGCUCUUUAAAACAGGACGUUUACUUCCUCAUUUAUGUUGUAUUAAGGAGUUAAACCAAAGGUGUAGAUCUCUGUGAAGCUGGUGGCUCCUGACAAAACACUAGUAUUUAAUACCCGGGCAUGAAACCUUAUUGGUUUUACUAACAUAAUGCAGUGCAUAUGACUGUGGAAAGCUUUUGUGGGUGUAUAAGGUUAUAAAAAUCCCUUCCACAGUUAGAGCCAUGCAACAGUUCAGCCAUUCCAACCAAUAAUAACUAAAGACAGACUUGAGUACAGUGGUCUUGUAAUGAGCAAAACUUCAGCAGGGCCUUUUUGUACUGCAUAACAGUUAUUUUUUACACCAUACAUGCAUUUAGCUGUCUUAACUUUGAGAAGGUCAGUUCAUCCAUAUUGCAAAGAAAAGAAAAAAAGCCAGAUCCUUAAUCGUAGCAUGCAGAUCCACUUUAUAUUUUUUUUUUUCACAUUGACCUGAGAUACCUACUGAGUAUCUCUAUAGCUCUAGUUGUUAUCUGGGUAAUGUUAAAUCAUCAGUGCAAACAGUUUCUCCUGUUGAAAUACUCCUAAGGAUAGCAAUGUUGUUUGGAUAAUUUCCUCAACCACUAUAGCUGUUUGUAGUUAUUAGUAGGCUUGAUAAAAAGUCUCGGGCAUUUAAAAUUUGUUUGCUUUAACUGGUCUCUGGUUUUAAAACCCCAGAUGAUGAGUAAGAGAACCAAAGGUCAAAAAGUAAGUCCAUAUAAUAGUGACUCAUACAGUAAUGACCAGGGAAAACAUUGUGAUUGCCCGGCCAUCACGUAUACCCACCUUCAUAGUCUGUUUUACUCUAAAUUAAACCACAGUUUACCAAGUUAAUAUCAUGGUGAGACUUGAAACUGGGGCCUGAGAUCAUAAACCCACUAGGAAAUGUUUACUCCAAAGAGAAACAAAACCACAUCGCUGCACAGCUAAAUAACAGAAGUUAGGGAAUAUGUGUAAUCUGGGUGAACUGAGCCUUCAUAAACCCAUCUUUUUAAUUUCAUCUACAGCUUGAUUUCCUAAAGGAUUUUUCCACAGGCAAGCUCGUGGAUUAAAUUUACCAAAGCUGCUAAGGAAAAACAGCUGGCACCCCGGCCUUGUGUAGUUUUUAAGCUCGACAACCCCCACAGAGUGCUUCCAUCGACUCAGAUUGUUUCCUCAACAAUAAAGAUGUGAGGAAACAAGGAUGUGGGGAGCAAUAGGAAGUACAGUCCACACACCAAAACACACACAAUUAUGUAAUAUUAAAACAUACAAUACAGAGCUACCCUUGAUACAGUUGAUUUUAUUUGAGCAAAGCUGUUUACACAAUAUUUAUGCAUAUGAAGAGGAAAUUAUGUGUUUAUGGAAAAGAUUUUGCACAGCAGUCUUCUUAUAGAUUGUACUUAAGUCAGUUUGAAAUCAAAAUCUUUGACUCGGUCUGAUCAUGUAAAGGUUUCUAUGGUUUCAGUUUGGUACACCAGUUGCUACGUGCAAUAUGUAGUCCUGGUAUAUCCCCUCACCUGCUUAAUUUCCAAGCCAAAAGCAAACAGAAUAAUUGCCUUGCCUCCAACCCCCAAAAAUAUUGAUUUAAAAAUGCUAAAUCACAAGAGGUCUCACGCUACACAGGACAAUGUCAGCAGUUAUCGCACUAAUUUGCACAUAGAAAAGUGCUCAGUGUUGCUCUCAUAUCUCCACUGCUGUUUAUUUUAGCUAACAGUAAAACCUUGACUCAGACUUAGAACACAAUGACGUGUGACAGAUUAUUUUCAACAAAAAGCUAUGUUGACCAUGUGAUUUUUCUAAUCGCAAGAAGAACGAACUAAAAAAAAAAAAAACGAAAAACAAACAUAUUGACACAAGUGAAGGUCAGAGCUCCUUCACUCGCAGAUUAUAUUAGUUUAGUGUUUGUUGUACUAAUCGUUUCAAGACAAUGGUCUAAACAGGAUCAGCCCUGCCUGAAGGAAUAAUUCUUGUGGGUAGACAAAGGUGUGUAUAUGGCAAUAAUAAUUACACAUUUGCUUUGAACAAAUGUUGAGACAUGGCAUAAGUAGGAACAGAAAAAAAAGCAGUCUGUCCAGAGGCAGUGAAGGGGAAGUGUUUGACGAUGGCCACACAUGGCCAGUAUCUGUGUUGAUCUUGUAUUCCUGUUUGCACAUCCUGAUCAGUAUUUCAAAGGUGCCCCAGUAAGUGCCUUGUGUUUCAGCUAAAAUAUAUCACUCAGUAUAUGGAACAUAUGUACUCAGCUGUAAAGUGCAUAUAUAUGCUUUUUUUUUUAAAUUACAUUUUAGGAAACGUUAAACUUUUUAAAGGCUUGACAACAGAUGUGAUUUGUACAUCAGGGCGACUGCAACACCUUUUAAACACUCCACCAAUGUUUACGACUAUGGCAAUGACUCAGUGUCAAUAAAUGCAUUAAAGGAGAGAGUGUGACACCAUUGUGUAAUUUUUGUGCUGUGAUGUUUUUUGUUUUGUUACUUUACAAGUUGAAAGACUACAUGGUAGAAUAAAGAAUUGUAAUAAAUUAGGGUUUUUCUUA